ACUGGGCAGAAACCCUAUAAAUGCCUGGAGUGUGGACAGAGCUUUGCUCAGAGUUCAGGUCUGCAUUCACAUAAAAGGACUCACACUGGGGAGAAACCCUAUACGUGCCUGGAGUGUGGACAAAGCUUCGCUCAUAAUUCAGGUCUGCAUUCACAUAAAAGGACUCACACUGGGGAGAAACCAUAUUCCUGCCUGGAGUGUGGACAGCGUUUCGCUUAUAGUACAAAUCUACGUUCACAUCAAAAGACUCACACUGGAGAGAAACCCUAUAAAUGCCUGGAGUGUGGACAGAGCUUUGCUCAUAGUUCUGAUCUACGUUCACAUGAAAGGACACACACUGGGGAGAAACCCUAUAAAUGCCUGGAAUGUGGACAGACUUUCACUCAUAAUUCAAGUCUACAUAAACAUCAAAGGAUUCACACAGGGGAGAAACCCUAUAAUUGCCAGGAAUGUGGAAAGAGCUUCACUCGUAGUUCAGGUCUACGUUCACAUGAAAAGACACACACUGGGGAGAAACCCUAUAAUUGCCAGGAAUGUGGACAGAGCUUCACUUGUAAUUCAGGUCUACGUAAACAUCAAAGGAUUCACACUGGGGAGAAACCCUAUAAUUGCCAGGAAUGUGGACAGAGGUUCACUUAUAAUUCAAGUCUACGUAAACAUCAAAGGAUUCACACUGGGGAGAAACCUUAUAAAUGCCUGGAAUGUGGUCAGAGCUUCACUCAAAGUUCAACUCUACGUACACAUCAAAAGAUUCACACUGGGGAGAAACCCUAUACAUGCCUGGAAUGUGGACAGAGGUUCACUCAUAAUUCAAGUCUACGUAAACAUCAAAGGAUUCACAUUGGGGAGAAACCUUAUAAAUGCCUGGAAUGUGGUCAGAGCUUCACUCAGAGUGGAGUUCUGCAGACACACCAAAGGAUUCACACUGGGGAGAAACCCUAUAAAUGCCAGGAAUGUGGACAAAGCUUUGCUCAUAAUUCAAGUCUACAGUCACAUGAAAGGACACACACUGGGCAGAAACCUUAUAAAUGCCUGGAAUGUGGACGGAGCUUCACUCAUAGGUCAGGUCUUCGUUCACAUCAAACGGCUCACACUGGAGAAAAACCCUAUACAUGCAUGGAGUGUGGAAAGACCUUUGCUUAUAGUUCAGAUCUACGUUCCCAUCUAAGGACUCACAUGGGGGAGAAGCCCUAUACAUGCCUGGAAUGUGGACAGAGCUUCACUCAGAGUUCUCAUCUAAAUAAACAUGAAAGGACACACACUGGGGAGAAACCCUAUACAUGCCUUGAGUGUGGACAGAGCUUCACUCAGAGUUCUCAUCUAAAUAAACAUCAAAGGAUUCACACUGGGGAGAAACCCUAUACAUGCCUGGAGUGUGGACAGAGCUUCACUUGUAGUUCACCUCUACAUAAACAUCAAAGAACUCACCCUGGGGAGAAACCAUGUCUAGACAUAGCAUAAAAUCAUAGAAUGAUGGGAUAAUAGAGUUGGAAGAGAUGACAUGGGACAUCCAAUCCUGCUUUGAUUUUAUAAGCUUCAUGUGAUUGUAUGGUUAUUACUGAUGUUCAAUACAGUUUUAAUAUCUGUAUAUUUUAAGUUGUAUUGCA